CGUCCGUGACUAGGCCUAUGCAGUAGGGAGUUGUUUGGCGGCCCCUUAAGUUUUUCUUUACUUUCCGCGUCAGUUUGUGUUUAACCACGCGAGCGAUUAUUUUUCAUUUUUACGGCUCAGUUCACCUCGCUUUUCACUCGUUAAACCCCACUCAGCUUUCAAGAUACAGUUUUCGGGGCGUGGUAGACAACUAACAACACACGCACACAAAAAAAGGAAGGGAAAAAAAGAGCCGGAGACGGAAGGGGAGCUUCAGUAAAUUCUGGCUGACCGCGGCUGAGCUAAUGAUGCCGACGUUGCGGGACAGCACCAUGUCUCACCCCGGCGAGAAUUCCCAACAAGUCCGGGUGAAGGCCUAUUACAAAGGGGACAUCAUGAUAACCCACUUUGAGCCGUCCAUCUCAUAUGAGGGCCUCUACGGCGAAGUAAGAGACAUGUGCUCCAUGGACAACGACCAGCUCUUCACCAUGAAGUGGAUCGACGAGGAAGGUGACCCGUGCACAGUAUCUUCUCAGCUGGAGCUUGAAGAAGCGCUGCGCCUCUACGAGCUCAACAAGGACUCUGAGCUCAUUAUUCACGUGUUCCCGUGUAUACCAGAGAAGCCUGGCAUGCCGUGUUCUGGUGAAGACAAGUCCAUAUAUCGGAGAGGAGCGCGGCGCUGGAGGAAGCUCUAUUUCGCCAGUGGCCAUGCCUUUCAGGCCAAACGUUUUAACAGGAGAGCGCAUUGUGCCAUCUGUACGGACCGUAUCUGGGGUCUCGGCCGACAAGGCUACAAGUGCAUCAACUGCAAACUGCUGGUGCACAAAAAGUGCCACAAGCUGGUUACUGUAGAAUGCGGCCGGCCCAUGAUCCAGGAGCCAAUUAUGCCUGGUCAGCCACCCAAUCAGUUAGACCCAUCGGAACAGCCAGGCCCUCAGAAUAAAGACUCCAGAGAAAGCUUGACUUAUGACGGAGAGGAGAAAGAGGCACGGAACAGUCGGGACACGGGGAAGUCGCCCUCCAGCCUCGGCCUGGCCGACUUCGACCUGCUGCGCGUGAUCGGACGAGGCAGCUACGCCAAAGUGCUUCUAGUGCAGCUGAAGAAGACGGAGCGCAUCUACGCCAUGAAGGUGGUCAAGAAGGAACUGGUCAAUGAUGACGAGGACAUCGAUUGGGUCCAGACAGAAAAACACGUUUUUGAGCAAGCGUCGAAUCAUCCUUUCCUGGUGGGCCUGCAUUCCUGCUUCCAGACAGAAAGCAGACUCUUCUUUGUUAUUGAAUAUGUGAAUGGUGGCGACCUCAUGUUCCACAUGCAGAGACAACGGAAGCUUCCAGAAGAGCACGCCAGAUUCUAUUCUGCAGAGAUCAGUCUGGCGCUCAACUACCUCCACGAGCGCGGCAUCAUCUACAGAGAUCUCAAACUGGACAAUGUGCUGCUCGACUCUGAGGGACACAUCAAACUCACAGAUUACGGCAUGUGCAAGGAGGGCUUGAGACCCGGCGAUACGACAAGCACUUUCUGCGGCACCCCGAACUACAUCGCUCCCGAAAUACUCCGAGGAGAAGAUUACGGCUUCAGCGUGGACUGGUGGGCGCUGGGCGUGCUGAUGUUCGAGAUGAUGGCAGGCCGAUCGCCCUUCGACAUCGUGGGAAGCUCCGACAAUCCUGACCAGAACACAGAAGACUACCUCUUCCAAGUUAUAUUGGAAAAACAGAUAAGAAUCCCCCGCUCAUUGUCUGUCAAAGCUGCCAGCGUCCUUAAGGGAUUCCUCAACAAGGAUCCCAAAGAGCGUCUGGGCUGCCACCCUCAGACAGGCUUUGCCGACAUCAUGGGCCAUCCCUUCUUCAGAAAUGUCGAUUGGGACCUUCUGGAGCAAAAGCAGGUGGUCCCUCCCUUCAAGCCCAACAUCUCGGGUGAAUUCGGCCUGGACAACUUCGACGCCCAGUUCACCAACGAGCCCAUCCAGCUGACGCCUGACGACGACGACGUGGUGAAGAAGAUCGAUCAGUCCGAGUUCGAGGGCUUCGAGUACAUCAACCCGCUGCUCAUGUCGGCGGAGGAGUGCGUGUGAAGGGAGACGCGCAUGCACACACUGACAAACACACACACACACACACCCACAUACGCACGUGCCAUCUCAGUGUCUUCAUGCUGCGUGGUUACGAGGCGACCCAGCGACGUCAUCAUUCAUAGUUUUCGUUGUUGCCAAAAGCAGUUUCACACUCUGCCAGUUCUAACCACUCGCCCUUAAGUCUUCUCUUUAUGAAUUAUUUUUAUAUGCUCUCUAUACAAACCUACAAAUGUAUAAAUAUAAAACUGCACUGAUACCUUAGUGUCAUUGGGGGCCUCUUUAUCAAGUUCUUCCAAGGUUACUUACUGUACACAGACUCAUUUUAUUUGUAUAUAUGAAACUGCUGUUGAUUAACGUUAGCCACUUUUUAAAAUCGAAGCUCAUUCAUUGACAUCAUGCCUCUUUCUCAAAAUAUGAAUAUGUCUAUAUUUUUUUAAUUUAACUACAGCCGCUAUGUGUGUUGUCCGUGUGCAACUUGAGAAUCAGAACUGGAGUUGAGUCGGCUAAAAUACUGUGAACAAACGUAGCCCAUUAGCCAGACUUAAACAUUCACACAGGACCCCCCCCCUCCCAAAAAAAAAAGAAAUUCUGGUUUGUAUCUAUCUAAAAAUGGCCAUGUCUUUUCAACUAGUAGCCGUCUAGAUACACCUGCCACAAAAUAAACACCUCCUAACUUUUCCAAACCAAAAUAGCACCUACCACCAAAAAUGGUCUCUCAGAGACGUAUCGAACUUCACCGCAGUAUUAUGGAUCAUCUGUCAGGAAAGAAAAAAAAA